CAUAUCGUUGUGACGGUCGUUGACCAUGGAACUCGGAACCCUAGGCUUGUGUGGAUUCUGAGUCGGCGACCAGAUGGGGCGAAUGGCGACCGGCGACCAGCCCACACACUCGGUUUGUCGCUUCCUUUGACGCAGCAUGCGGCGACAGGCAAGUGGCGCGCCGCCGGCGCAGCACCUGCUUCGGACGCAGCAGCAAUGGUACGAGGAAGGCAUGGGUCUCGUGAACGCGGCCGUCAGCUUUCAGAACGCGGGCGACGUCGAGGCCGCGGACCGCCACUUUACGCAGGUCAUUGACGUGUUUGAGCGCGCGCUCAAUUUGCCGUUCAAGACCGCCGAGGACCUCGAGGCGGCCGCGCGGCUCAACGCCAAGAUGACGCGCUACGUCAACAUGAUCAAGGCGCAGCGCGCCAAGGUGCCGGCGACGGCCAGUGCGCGCAAGCUCGCGAUCAAGUACAACAUCCUCGACAUGGACGACCUGCCGCGCAUGUACCACCCAAUUGCCCGCGUCUUUGCCUCCAACAACGAUCCGUUCGAGGUGUGCCAGCGGGCGCUUGGCUUCCAGGACGCCAACGUGGCCAACCAGCGCGAGCACCUCCUGCUGCUGUUGACCAACCUCGUCGAGCGCAGCGAGAAGCGCAGCGACGACCCGGCGCAAGAAGCCGCGGUCGUCGGCGCCGUCCUCAAGGCGUUCCACGCCAAGCUCUUUGACAACUACAAGAAGUGGGCCAAGUACCUCGGCACCAAGCCCGUCUUUGCCGACCCGCUCCGCGACAUUGUGCUCUUCUUUCUCCUCUGGGGCGAGGCCGGCAACUUUCGCCAAACGCCCGAGCUGCUCUGCUUUUGGUACCACUCGCUGGCCAAGGACGUGGGCCGUGGCAGUGGCAAGGAGGCCGGCGACUACCUCGCAUCGGUGAUCCGGCCCAUGUACGCCUCGCUGCGCAACGAGACGGACAAGAAGACGGUCAAGGGCGCGCGCGCGCCGCACACGGAGAUUCGCAAUUACGACGAUUUCAACGAGUUUUUCUGGACCAAAAAGUGCCUCAAGUACAAUGCGUACACGAUCGGCGACGCGUGCGCCAAGACCAACAAGAAGGGCAGCUCGACGCUCGUCAAGAAGACGUUUAUGGAGCGCCGCAGCUGGCUCCGCGCGCUGCUCUCGUUCCGGCGCAUCUUCUUCUUCAACCUCGCGCUCAUGUUUGCCACGAUUGGCUUUGCGAUCAACAUGAUUCUCGUGUGCCCCGACUCGGCCAUCAUGUACGGCAGCAGCGUCAACCCCGACAUGAAGAUUCUCAACAAGGUGUACCGCUACCAAGGCACGAGCGACCGGGAAGCGGUCAACGCGCCAUUGACGUCGGAUGCGUUCGUCGACAAGGAGUGCAACGUCGGCAAGCUCGUCACAUGUCUCGGCGUCCGCAACUUUGAUGUGGGCAGCUCACUCACCAAGAUCCCACGCGACUUUGCCGAGCUCUUGGCCGACAUUCCGUUCGAAGACUGUGUGGCAAAGAGCACGGGCCGCUGCAGCUGCUACCGCGAGGUACUUGCAACGUGCUUCAACAGCACCGGGACCAUCGACUACUACGACGGCGACGAGACCAAGCUCAAGAGCGGCACGUACGACAACAGAAAAUGCAUUCCGGACUAUAGCAAGGCAGCACUCAACAUCCUCAACAAGGCGGGCAAUGGCAAGCUCAACUGCGACGCGUGUACGCUCGAGAUCCUCAAGCUGCCCGAGGUGCUGCCGACGCUGGGCAAGGCGCUCAUCAAGUUCAAGGGUGCUGACCGUACCGACGACGGUGCGCUCAUCAUGAUGGGCGGGGCCGCGCUCGUCGCUUGGGUGUUUGUAUGUGAGCUCUCGGGUCGGCUCUUUUCGAGCGUCGGUGUUGGCUUUAUCGGGCGGUCGCUGCCCGUGCCCUGCGGCGCGUACUGCCGCUACACGUGCUUUUGGGUCGUCCUGUACCUUGGGAAGCUCACGUUUGAGUACCAAGUCAUGGUCAAGACGCUGGUCGAGACGUCGCUCUUCAUUUGGUUUACCAAGCAGGACGAGUACUUGCUCGUGUCGCACUUUAUGCUGCAGCUGCCGAUCUACAAUGGGCUGUACAUUUUUUUUCUGUGGGUCCCGGCCAUCAUGGUCAUCUUGUACGACGCGCAGAUUCUGUAUCUGCUGCUCUCGGUCGUUGUCGGGUCGGUGCACGGCUUCAACUUGCGCAUUGGCGAGCUCCGGUCGUUCCGCAUUUUGCGCAUGGCGUUCCAGUCGAUCCCCAAAGUCUUCAACAAAAAGAUGGUGGCCAACUUGAUUGAGCACAAGGCGCCCAAGAAGAAGCAAAAGAAGGCGCGCAAGCCCGACGACCGCCCGCCCGAGCGCCGCUUUGAGCGCGUCUCGUACUCGGAGGGUGCGCAGCCGCUGACGAUCCAUGCGCAAGGGUUUUCGUCGCUCCUCGAACACGACGGGUACCACGCGGUCGCGUCGCCCCACGCGCUCUCGCAGAGCCAGAGCGGCCACUCGAGCAUCGACUCGAUCACGGGCGUCUCGGGCGCCGAGUUUGAGCGUACGAUUCCCUUUGCCAUGGCGUGGAACCGGUGUCUCACGUCGAUGCGCGACGCCGACGUGCUCAGCAACCGCGAACUCAACGUCUUGAGCUACCUCAUCGACUCGGCCGACGUCGGGUCAGCCAACCGCCGCUUGUACUUACCAGCCUUUUUGACGGCCGGCAAGCUCGACGAGUCGCUCGACAUUAUCACCGAGUGCUACGCAGUGUACGAGAAGCUCAAGGCCGACAAGAAGAAGGGCUCGAUUUUGCAAAAGAUUGAGUCGGCGAUGAAGAAGCGGCUCGUCAAGGACGACCUGCGCCUCCAGUCGAUCUGCGGCAGCUACAAGUUUGCGACCCAAGUGACGCGGCUCCUCCUCGGGCGCGAGCACAAGGAGCUGGACGACUGCUUUGCGUUUAUGGAAGAGUGCGUCACGACCAACGGCGUCAUGAAGGGCCUGCACCUCAGCGGCCUCUACAGCUGCCGGGCCGCGGCCGCCGAGCUCAUGAAGUCGAUUCUAGAAGUGCCAGUCACGGCCAACGACGCCAGCAUCAAGUUUCAACGCGCGCUGUACCAUGUGAUUGACAAUGUCGAGGCGGUGCUGGCCUCGCUCAAGGGACUCCUCUCCAAGCAAGACCGGCUGCUCAAGAUUCUGUCCGAGACGCCGCUCAAGCCCAACUCGUUCUUCUUCCCCGGCGACAAGCAAACGUACGCGCACCGGCAGCUGCUCGCGCUCGUGCAAGACCCGGUGGCCAUGGACAUUGUGUCGCGUGCGUACCAGCUACUGACAGUCGACAACUUUGACGCCGAGCCGCGCGCCGAGGAGGGCCAGCGCCGCCUCCGCUUCUUUGCCAACUCGCUCUUUAUGGAGAUGCCCGAGGCCAAGCCGAUGCGGACGAUGCGGUCGUUUUCGAUUUCGACGCCGUUCCUCAACGAGAUCGUCUUGUACUCGGUCAAGGACCUCACGGCGGCCAACGACGACUGCAUCAAGCUGCUCUACUACCUGCAGACGAUUUACCCGCACGAGUGGGACAACUUUGUCGAGCGCGUCAACUGCAAGGACAUGAACGAAGCGCUCAAAAAAUGCCCGGAAGAAGUCCAGCUCUGGGCGUCGUACCGCGGGCAGACGCUCGCGCGCACCGUGCGGGGCAUGAUGUACAAUGCGGAAGCGAUCCGGUUCUUGUACUGGCUCGAGAUUGGCCAGAAUGAGCCGAUGCACUUGACGGGCUGUCGCUGCAACCGGUGCCUCCGCCUCGACGACAUGGUCGCGCUCAAGUUUUCAUAUGUGUGCUCGUGCCAGCUCUACGGCAAGCAGAAGGACGAGCAGCGCCAGCAAGCGGCCGACAUUGAGUUUCUCUUGCUCAAGCACCCGGGCUUGCGGGUUGCGUACGUUGAUGGCCCGAAGAAGGUCAAGGACGGCCCGCCCAAGUUCUUUUCGGUGCUCAUCCGCGGUGUUUUGGACAAGAUCAUUGAAGUGUACCGCGUCGAGCUCCCCGGCAACCCGAUCGUCGGCGAAGGCAAGCCCGAGAACCAGAACCACGCCAUCAUCUUUACGCGCGGCGAGAUGCUCCAGUGCAUUGAUAUGAACCAAGACGGGUACCUCGAAGAGUGCCUCAAGAUGCCCAACCUCCUCGCGACCGUCGACCGCAAGGAGCACAAGAAGCACCCGCUCACGAUCAUUGGCUUCCGCGAGUAUGUCUUUACGGGCGGCGUCUCGAACCUCGCGUCGUUCAUGCAGAUCCAGGAGCUUUCGUUUGUCUCGCAAGGCCAGCGCAUGCUAGCGCUCUUCCACGUCCGCCAGCACUAUGGCCACCCCGAUAUCUUUGACAAGAUGUUUGUCAUGACGACCGGCGGCACGGCCAAGGCCUCCAAGGGCAUCAACCUCUCGGAAGAUAUCUUUGCAGGUUUCAACACGACGCUCCGCGGCGGCCGCGUCUCGCACGAGGAGUUUAUUCAAGUGGGCAAGGGCCGUGAUGUCGGCAUGCAGCAGCUCGCGCAGUUUGAAGCCAAGCUCUCGUCUGGUGCCGGCGAGAGCGUCAUCUCACGCGACGUGAUGCGCAUGGCCAACCGGCUCGAUUUCUGGCGGCUCAACUCGUGGUUUUACGGCAACCUCGGCUGGUACUUUACGCAGACGAUGACGGUCUUUGGCAUCUACUUCUUUAUCUACGGCAAGAUCUACUUUGCGCUCUCGGGCCUCGAUGCGUUCUACCUCCAAGCCGGCCGCAUGGGCAUCUCGGACUCGCUCAACGCGUCGUGGGCGCUGCAGUUUGGCUUCUUGCUGGUCGUGCCGGUGCUGGCCGUCGUCGGCGUCGAGCGCGGCUUUCGACACGGCAUUAGCUACCUCCUCUGGAACGUCUUUACGCUCGGGCCGCUCUUCUUCACGUUCCAAAUGGGCAACCGCAUGCACUUUUUUGACCGGACGCUCAUCCACGGGGGCGCCAAGUACCGCGCGACCGGCCGUGGCUUUACGAUCAAGCACGAGAAGUUUGCCGAGCUCUUUCGGUUCUAUGCGUUUAGCCACUUCUACCGCGGCGUCGAGCUAGUCUUUUUGCUGGUUCUGUUUGCGGCCUACGGGACGUUUUCAUGGUGCAACUGCGACUGGACGCUCGACCGUGGGUUCUACAAUGGUGUCAAGCCGCCGGUCGCGGACUGGAACGCGCGCUGUUAUGCCAACCACUACCAAGACUGCGUGCUCCCGACCAACCAGAGCUACGCGAUCAUGAGUUUUUCGCUCUGGAUCGUGGCGGCGACGUGGCUCUGGGCGCCGUUCUUCUUCAACCCGAGCGGCCUCGAGUGGGACAAGCUCAUUGACGACUACAACGACUGGCAAAACUGGCUCGAGACCAAGAACGACUCGAGCGACUCGUGGUUUGGCUGGUGGACAGCCGAGCUCGAGUAUUUGGAGCACUCGUCGGCCGUCGCGCGCUUUGUGCAGUUUGCUCGCAAGGCGCGCUUUUUCUUUGUCGCGGUCGGGCUCUACCUCCAGCUCAUGUACCGCCUCUUCUACACGGACGUCAAGAAGCUCGUGCCCGUCAAGCACACGGCCAAGAACACGAUCGAGUACUUCACGCCGCACAUGAUCCUCGGCGGGUUUGUCGUUGUCCUCUUGCUCUUUGCGCUCGUCGGGUACUGCGCGAGCCGGUAUGCCAAGAAGAGCCAAAUGAAGCAAAAGAAGCUGCGCAAGAUGAAGUUUCGCAUCUCGGCGUUUGUGUUUGCGGUGCUGCUCGGGUCGCUCGUGUACCUCUCGUUCCGCGACUUGGUCGAGAUGACGCUCAUCUUGCUCAUUGCUGUCUACUGGUUUGAUCAAGUCAUGAUUGUGCGCCUCAAGAGCAGCCAUGUGGUCGUGGCCGCGAUCGCGCGCGGGUUUGACCGCGCGGUCGGCUGGAUCGUGUUUGGCCCGAUCUUGUUUAUCGCGAUGUUUAUGCCCUUCCUCUCGCUCUUCCAGCAGCGCGUCAUGUUCAACUCGGCGUUCACGUCCGGUCUCGAAGUCUCGAAACUCUUUGGCCACGACGUCGCCAAGGUCUCGGCCAAUACCGUUGUCAAGAAGGUCAAGAGCAAGAAGAACCGCGACGACUAGUUGGGCAUUUAGCAAUAUAUUUUUUUCUAUCGUACA